UGUGUGGAUACAGUAUGUGAAGGUAGGUUGGCUUAUUACUGAUACUGAAUUAAAUCAUGUUCAACAGUUUUGUUACUAUAAUUUAUCAUUACCCUUUUGCUGGAAGACAGAAAGACUCCAGGUCAAUGUGUGAAGGAACAGAGGUGAAAUGGGACGUUUUCAGUAAUAAGACAUUUUAAAGAAACAGUAGUGGGAAUUCUGUGUGUGUGUGUGUUGGAGUGCAUUUUGGGAAAAAGAGGGAGAAACUAUGACAACAUGAUCAGCUUUGUUCCACAGAGGACCAAAUAGGAGCAGGUGAGCCUGUUUUAUGUGUGCUUACUGUGUAUUGACUUUUAUGUAAACCAGCUGCAGUUGAUAAUGUUUUGCAUCACAAAGUUCACCAAAACAUUUGUUUCUAUUGGAUUUAAAUGAUAAUGUCUUGUGGUCUUUUAGAAUGCAUUUUUUUUAUUGAAAUGGCCAAAAUAGCAUUUGGAUCAUGGGGAUAUUUGAAAAGAGAGGGAAAGCAUGUUGCAUAUACAAUUGUGGAGGAGUGAUAGUGUGAAUUUUUUGAGUCUCCCAGUGAUAAUGUGGUGUAUUAUGCACUUAUAAAGCAUGUCCAUGUGGUAUGAACAGCAUUUGAACUAAUGCUGUAAAAAUUAAAUGCAAUGGGUUGAGUUGUGUCUGUUUGUAUAAAACAUGUGGUUUUACACUUUUAUUCUACCAGAGUUCUGAAAAAUAUGUGUCUAUAUUUAUCCUGCUUUUCAAUAAUGGUUUGGACUAUUAGGAUGUAACAGUAGUUUACUCUCCCAGAGAAAGAAAUUGAAAUAAACCCAGUUUAUAGUAGAUAUUUCACUGAGAAAGAAAUUUUACAAAUCAUAGAAAUAAUAAAAGAGAGGAGAAAGUCUUGAGGAAUUUAUUGAAAAAAUGUAAUUAAUAUAAAGUCUAGUAGAAAUAGUAAUUCAUGUGUAAUUAAAUGGGCCCUUUUUGUUAUUUUUAACUACUGGAGGUGACUCUUUGUGUACACGUGUGUGUGUGUGUGUGUGUGUGUGUGUGUGUGUGUGUGUGUGCGUGUGGAGCUCGCCCUCUGCGACCCUUCAGAUGUGUGUCUGGCGGUCUGUCUCGUUACUUUUCCGUGGUUCCCCUGCUCGUCCUCACCGGCACAGACCUAUGGUAAUGAUACACCGUGUCUGUGUGAACUAAAAAAAGUCUGGUUGUGUUGGAGCGGGUGGAGGGGGGCUUCGUGGGGACCUAUAGACGGCUAAUUAUUUUUUUGUCUUCAUGUAUUUAAUUUUUACUUGGCUGAGCCCGAGCCUGACGUCAGAUCAGUAAUUGAUCCCUGCUCAGCCAAUUACUGAUAGUAAUUCAGAAGCAGGUCUAAUUUUUCGUGUAAGGGGGCUGAUUUGAUCCGAAAAUAAAGGCCGUUUUAAGCCUGAGGCCGGCUCACUUUUUCAACAACAUUUAAGAAAAAAACACAAAGCCACUAAUACUACAAAGGUUAUUUUACUUAUUUUUUUUUUUUAUAUUGGCUACAUGGGAUUUCACUAAUGCAGAAUUUUAAGUGUCCUUCACCUGCAUUAUGAAAUGGGAAAGAAAGAAAGAAAGAAAGAAAGAAUGAAAGAAAGGUUAUUACAUUUGAUCAUAUCUUAUGACUUUUUGUGAUCAGGGGAUCGUUAUAAGAUGCCUGCAGAAGUAGAUAAAAUUAUGCUAACAUCAUUAUUGAGCUUAAAUAUUUCAAUAAAAUAUAUGCAACAGAUAUAUAAAGAUGAAGAGUUUUAUCCUUUACAUUGUAGAAGCUUGCGUACCUUGGGUGCGUGCAUUUGCUACAAUAAGCUCCUGUUGUUACACGCUCUGAUACCUUUAUGCUGCGUGCGCUCAUCGGGAGACUGCUCUCACAUGCAGUUGCAUCACCUAGCUUGAUUUCCUUGUUCUCCCUCCGCUUUUAAAGUCCAUCAUUAACGGGAUUAAACAGCUGAGAUUUUGGAGAGCUGGAACUGGAGGGCUUGAGGCAAUGUUUCCCGUUCUCCUUGCCUGAUUGGACCGGGGUAAUAUGAUGUCAGACGACCGCAUGCGCCCCGGAUUGGAGAGAGCGGAGUAAACAAAGCAGCGAGGAGGAGGAGGAGAGGUCUCCACAUCUCCACACAGUCCGAUCAACACACCGAAUCCGACUUCACGCACAGAAGAGGGCGGCCCCGGCGGCGCGUACUCAUCUGCUAAAGGCUGAAUAAACACUGACAGCCCCACUUUAAUGGGUGACGCGCUAAAAAGAUUUGGGAAAGAUAAAGGGAAACUCACCAUCGUAUUUUAAUCCGGACGCUGUGCAGUUUUCUUGUUUGAGUAAGAGACUGAUUUCCUAACUCAGCGCGAUUGUUCGAAAAGUAUCGACGGAAUCACUCGUUUGUUUUCUGCGUCUUUAUUGCGGUUCUGUGCGUAAAUUCAAUUACGAGAAAUUUAAUUAGUAAAGUCAAAUUAGAACAGGCAAGCACAGCCUGUGCGACCCGGACGAGACAAUCCGAAUUGUUUGAAUCAGGCUGCAGAUCAUGGUCCGUUGACUGGGAGACAGAGAGAGGCAGAAAGUAAGAAAUAAAGAGCUAAAAAGAAAUUUGGACACUUUGAGGCGGUCUCUGUGGGAACGUCUGCCUCUCAGGUCCAGGUGUCCCGCCGAGCGGUGCGGAGUCUCCAGCUCGGGCCGGCAGCGCUGACAUGCUGCCCAAAGUCGACUCUGAAUCCCUGGGACUCUCUCGAUCGUAUGGGGAACACGGGCACAUGCCCAGGAACAUGCAAGCACACCAGUUAAAAAUGAUGGACUACUCAUAUGACGAAGACCUGGACGAGAUGUGUCCCGUGUGUGGAGACAAAGUUUCAGGGUAUCACUAUGGACUCCUGACCUGCGAGAGCUGCAAGGGCUUCUUCAAGCGCACCGUCCAGAACAACAAACGCUACACAUGUAUAGAGAACCAGAGCUGCCAGAUUGACAAGACCCAGAGGAAGCGCUGCCCAUACUGCCGCUUCCAAAAGUGCCUCACCGUCGGCAUGAAGCUUGAAGCUGUGCGGGCAGACCGCAUGCGUGGUGGUCGCAACAAAUUCGGCCCAAUGUACAAACGUGACCGGGCCCUCAAGCAGCAAAAGAAGGCACUGAUCCGAGCCAAUGGCCUGAAGAUUGAGGCCAUGACUCAGGUGAUGCAAGCCGUGCCAACUGACCUCACCAUCACCUCAGCCAUCCAGAACAUCCACUCGGCCGCAUCCAAGGGCCUUCCACUGAGCCACCACCCUGGCCACCACACUGGUCACCACCACCACCACCACCACCAUCAUCAUGCCACUGCCUUGCCCCCCACAGACUAUGACCGUAGCCCAUUUGUCACUUCACCGGUCAGCAUGGCAAUGCCACCACACGCCGGCAGCCUGCAGGGCUACCAGGCGGCCUAUGGACACUUCCAAGGUACACGCACCAUCAAGUCAGAGUACCCUGACCCGUACACCAGCUCGCCGGAGUCCAUCAUGGGCUACGCCUACGUCGAUGCCUAUCAGUCAGGCUCGCCGCCCAGCUUCCCUCACCUGAUCGUAGAGCUGCUUAAGUGUGAGCCAGAUGAGCCGCAGGUUCAGGCCAAGAUCCUGGCCUACCUACAGCAGGAGCAGGCCAGCCGGGGCAAACACGAGAAGCUCAACACCUUCGGCCUCAUGUGCAAGAUGGCCGACCAGACACUCUUCUCCAUCGUGGAGUGGGCACGCAGCAGCAUCUUCUUCCGUGAACUCAAGGUGGACGACCAGAUGAAGCUGCUGCAGAACUGCUGGAGUGAACUCCUCAUCCUAGACCACGUCUUCCGGCAGGUGGUGCAUGCCAAGGAGGGCUCCAUCCUAUUGGUCACGGGCCAGCAGGUGGACUAUGCAGUGAUUGCUUCACAGGCGGGAGCCACCCUCAACAACCUUUUGAGUCACGCCCAGGAGCUGGUGGCAAAGCUACGCUCCCUGCAGCUGGACCAACGGGAGUUUGUCUGCCUCAAGUUCCUGGUCCUAUUCAGCCUGGAUGUGAAGAACCUGGAGAACUUCCACCUAGUAGAAAGCGUCCAGGAGCAGGUCAAUGCAGCGCUGCUGGACUACGUCAUGUGCAACUACCCACAGCAAACGGACAAGUUUGGCCAGCUGCUCCUCCGGCUGCCAGAGAUCCGAGCCAUAAGCCUGCAGGCUGAAGAAUACCUUUACUACAAACACCUGAACGGCGACGUGCCCUGCAACAACCUGCUCAUUGAAAUGCUACACGCCAAGAGAGCUUAGGACUGGACUGUGCUACCCAUAAUGCAGAUGUGCAGACAUCCUGGCAGUUUUGCUGCAGUCCAAAAACUCCAAACAACGCUUUCACCAAACUGAAUCUCCAGCUCAGACUUGACUUUGUAUUGUGCACACACAAACAACAUAUGGAUACCUUUAUUAAAAAAAAGGAAUCUGAAGGAAGAGCCACUUCUCAUCAACCACACCAAGACAAUAUUGAAAAGAAAAAUGACACUUGAAACAAACAUUGCAUUUGACACUUCGAGAUGGGAUGUAAUCGUCUGCACUAGCACAGUGUAUCAAGACUGGCAGGCUGCAACUUAGAGAAUUAACAACCGAGUGGUUUAGCACUGGUGACACUGUGAGAGGCUUUUUGUGCUGAGAAAGGAAGCUGAGCAACACCACCCAUCUUUCAGACAGCUUUGUGACUAGAGCCGUGGCUUAUAUCGGUCGCCGAUCCUGCGGUGUGCUCUCUCACUAAAACUGGCUUUUAGCUGUCGUUGGUACUGUAAAGACAAACGGACAAGCAGUCAACCGGGCCAGAGACUCUUACCUACGGUCACAUCUGUUUUUUGAACUCACAUAAAAUGCCUGCCACGGCAGCUUUACCUUACUGAAAAGGGAGAUCUGACGGGGGAAAAAAAAGUUCUUUAAUGAACAACAUGAUAAAUAGGCCAAUAAGAAAAAAAAUAUGAUGUUUUUUUUCUCUUGUAAUGGAAGUCAUUUGCUCCUCAUGGUCACCUUGUGGUUCCCCUUUCUUAUUUCACCUCCCCAAAUCAUCUAAACUAUGUACCUCAGACAGACCAGUGUUAAAUAAAUUCAAUUAAUAGUUUCAACUAAAACAAUUGUAUUUAUAGCCCUUUUUCCUGAAAACCCACCCCCUCCCCUCCCCACUUUUAUUAUUUCAUUACAACUGGAACAAAAAAAGUGUGAUUCUGGAGACAGAGAAGGAUCAACCCUGCCUUUGUCCGGAAAGACCAAAGCCUGCUGCAGAACAGAAGAAUGAAAUUACAAAAAACCUUAAUAAUCAGUAUUAUAAGAGAGGGGGGAAAAAAAGAGUUGUGAUGUCACAGUUAUGUGAGUCUUGCCUUAUUUCAUUACCAUGCUAGCUAACCGUGCAGAUGUGAAUGGAAAUAUGUACAAAUAUAUAUAUAAAGUAUUAAUGUUGUAAAAAUCUAAAAAAGAAUAAUUCAACAGGUGUUUACAUUCAUGUGGUCAUAUGGGAGAGAACUGUGAUGAAGCAAAAAUUGCAAAGCAAUGAUUUCCUAAAAAAUGAAAUCAAUGAAAUGGUAAAAAAAAAAAAAGAAAAAAAAAACAUCCCUCUGGUUUGCUUUCUUUGGUGUGUGUACAGUGUUCUAUUUUUAUUUGUUUCGAGCAGUACUUAAAUUAUGUCGUGAGACACUAAAAUCAAAAAGGAAUCACACUUAAAAGAUUAAUUUCUAUCAGUGUCUGCUGGCAUUCAAACAUUUGUUUUCUUAAGCAUUUCUGUAUAAGGGUUCCGUUUCACUUUCACCCUUUUUGUAGAAUUUUUUCUUUUUUAUUUACACUGCUUUAACCUUUUUGAUGUACAGUAUGUCACUGGUUACGCUUAAUAAUGAAGAUAAUUUAUUGCGUCUCUGGGUUUCCAUCGAUGUGUUACAUGACGUGAGGUGUCCACGCAAGAAUAAAUUUGUUUAUUGUAGCAUGUUCUUCUUUUGUUUCCACAAGUAGUUCAGAGAUCCAGGUCUGAGCAAAAUAAGGGGCUUUGAAAAAGAAAAAGAUCACCACAUUUAUUAUUUUUUUUAUCUUUUAAAUGUUUAUGCAAGUCUGUACAAUGAAAAGACUAUUGUAUUUAA